CAAAAGGAAAGACGCCAUCAUUCACCUCUGACUAUUAAAUGUUCAAAACGAAUACGUCUUUCCCGACUUUCCUUCAUCCGACCGUUGUAAUAUCAACUUCCAAGAAGAAGAAGAAGAAAAAACAUAACCUCUAAACCUCAAACCUGGGCGGUAGCAGCUGCCAGAGAGAAUCGAGAAACGAGUAUUGAUAAUGGGUGAAUCCCUCGACCCAAAAUCUCUGCUUCUCUCGCAGUUUUCGAACUCCGAUCAGCCGCAGUUUCUCCGGCUCACGACGGAGAGCUUUCUGUUCGAGAGGGGCCCGAGGUACAGAGCAUAUGCCGAUCUGAGGGAAUCGAAGCUCAGAAUGAGGCACAUGAAACAGCCGGUUUACAUGGAAGAAGAUGAAGAAGACUCUGUUUUGACUCCUCCCAAGAAACAGGUCAAGUUUCAGGGGAAUCAGGUGGUUCAGGGGAACAUGGCCACCCCGCCGAAGAGAACGAAGAGUUACUCUGCUUUGACCCAGUCUGUGCCGGACUUCUCAUAUGCGUUGAGGAAGGAGAAUCGGAAGCCGCCGGCGCCGAUGCCGCCGGUGGUUGAGAAGUCGGUGACGCCUCCUCCGCCGGGGAGGAAAAGUGGGAAGAUUUUUGGUGGGGUUGGGAGUAAAUCGAUGAAUUCAGGGGAUAAGAGGAGCGGUGGGGGGUUGAUGGCUAGGAAGAGCUACGCUUGUUUGGACGAAUUCAAAGGGUUGGCUUCUGCUGCUAGGAAUGCCAUUAAUGGAGAAAAAAGGGCUCCUGGGAUUGGAAGAAGUUACAGUAGCAGAGUUGGUGGUUCCAAGACUGUCUUAGGCCAUAGACAGUUCUGAAACUUGAAAUGGGUGAUGAUGAUAUUGAUGAUGCUUUCUGGAGAAUGGUUUUUCUUCCACAGUUCAAUUCUUUUUUUUGUUUUUGUAAUUCUUUCACAGUGCGUAUAUUUUUUUGUAUGUUAUUACCUGAGAGAAUGGUUCUUCUAUAGAUAUAAGCUUCCACUGUGUAUAGAUCAAAGGUUUUUUUUUUUGUUUUUUUUUUUUUAAUUUUGCUGGGUUGAAUAGUUCACUCCUAUGAUCUUAUCCGUGAUUUCAUUUGGAUGAAUUUAAU